UUUUAGAUUAGAUUUUUUUCAGUGUUUUUCUAACGUUGCUAAUCUAACUCGUUUUCUUCAAGUUUUCCUCGAUGUAGUUAUUAGGUUUUCAAUAUGUCUCUAAAAUAAGUAGAUAAAUAGGCUUAACAUCUACUCGAAUCGUAAAUGACGCCCACAAAGACUACAACAACUGAAGUAGAAAUGGUGAUACGAAAUAGAAAAACUGUUGUUAAAGACGGGAUUAUGACAAUGUCUGGAAUUGGCGAGCCUUCGGUUUUCCAUGCGUUAGUAGUGAUAUUUUUGGAAUUCUUUGCAUGGGGUUUGUUGACUAUGCCGAUUAUAUCAGUCCUGAAUGCGACGUUCCCGGAUCACACUUUCCUAAUGAAUGGACUUAUCAUGGGUAUCAAAGGAAUUUUGUCCUUUUUGUCAGCACCUCUAAUUGGCGCUUUAUCUGACGUGUGGGGUCGGAAGUUUUUCCUACUAGUAACAGUGUUCUUCACUUGUGCGCCAAUUCCAUUGAUGACAUUAAAUACUUGGUGGUUCUUUGCCAUGAUCAGCUUAAGUGGAGUAUUUGCAGUAACCUUUUCGAUCGUAUUUGCUUAUGUUGCUGAUGUAACAACUGAAGCAGAGCGUUCACGAGCAUAUGGACUGGUAUCUGCGACUUUCGCCGCGAGUAUGGUAAUAUCACCUGCACUUGGUGCUUAUUUGAUGGACUUAUAUGGCGAGGCACUUGUUGUCGUAGCAGCAACUGCAGUCGCAGUUCUGGACGUGUUUUUUAUCAUGGUGGCAGUUCCGGAGAGUCUCCCUGAGAAAGUUAGACCAAGUGGCUGGGGGCCUGCUAUAAGCUGGGAGCAGGCUGACCCAUUUGCUGCUCUAAGGAAAGUUGGUGCAGAUCGCACUGUACUCAUGUUGUGCGUAGCUGUAUUCCUCUCUUACUUGCCUGAAGCCGGGCAGUAUUCUUGCAUAUUUGUGUAUUUGAAAUUAGUUAUGGGAUUCGGUGUUGUGCAAGUGGCAAUAUUUAUUGCAAUUGUUGGUGUUCUCAGUAUUGCUGUACAAGUAGUUCUUGGAUACCUAAUGAAAUCACUGGGUGCAAAGCAUACAAUAAUGGUUGGACUCUUAUUUGAGAUGCUACAACUUAUGUGGUACGGGUUUGGUAGCCGUACAUGGAUGAUGUGGGCUGCAGGAGUAUUAGCUGCACUAGGAUCUCUGACAUAUCCAGCAAUCAGUGCCUAUGUUUCUGUUAACAGUAGAGCUGAUAGGCAAGGAGUUGUACAAGGAAUGGUUACAGGAGUGAGAGGCCUCUGCAAUGGUCUGGGACCUGCCAUGUUUGGAGUGAUAUUCUACUUAUUUCAUGUAGAUCUUAAUGAAGAACACGCCCUUGCAGGAAUGGAUGGCCGACCUGAUGAUGACAAGUACAUAAGAAUUAUUCCAGGGCCACCUUUUGUAUUAGGUGCCUUGCUGGUAAUAUGUGCCCUUCUAGUUGCAGCAUUCUUACCUGAAGAUAAUGUAAUUGCUGCACGACGCACUUCACCUGAUUUGCGAUUUGAAAUUGAACAUGGACGGCGUGUAGCUGGCCCUUUGUCACCUUUAAUGGCUCCAGAGUCAGCAGCCCUCUAGCUAGCGGCUAAAGCUGGCAGAGCAGCCAGCGUUUGAACUUCAGGGCAGAUCGCCGAGGCAAUCAAUGCAUUUAGGAAGGUACCAAAGCAAACUCAGUGAUCAAUGUGAGUUUAUUCAGUAACUACAUGAGACCAUUACCUUUGUUCUGCUUCUUACUGUUUUUUAAUCUUUACCUGUUAUAAAUCAUUUAAAUUACUUUUCAAGCAUAUGUACAUAUUAUAUAUUAAAAAUAAAUCAAUUUUUAGCAUAACUAAACUUUAAUGAGCAAUAUAACACAAUAACUAAUGCAAACAAACAAUAUAUGUUCAAUACUAAUUCCAAUACAACUUAUUUUAGUUGAAAAAUAAAUUUACAUCAAAUACACAAUACAAGUCAACUCUUUUAAGGUUUUUAAGAAAAAGGAUUUCUAUCUUAACAUUAGUCACAUGUUUUUCCAUUAACAGACAUUGAAAAAACUGACUCAUUUUGGUUGGACCAUAAAUAAGACUUAUACUAUCUGAUAAAACAAACUUUGUUAAUGCACGCUUUGGUGUACAUGGAAGUAACUAUACUUUUUUCCUUAAAAAAUAUGGUAUAAUGUAUAUUAUGCUAUGAAGCUGCUUUUCUAAUGUCAGAGAUAAUCAGUAGUUUUUUUUGUGUUUAUGGCCAUAUCUUACUGUAAUACAUUGAAUAGUUUACCUAUUGCCAAUAAUUAUUUUCUAUUGGCAUAAAUCAAUUCUGAUAGCAUCUGGACAUGGUUAAUGUCUUAAAAUAUACAAUGUUGAAUUAGUUCAAUAAAUACCAGUAUUUGUACUGAGAUAGACUGAGUCACAAUUCAAUUAUAAGCUGUAUUGUAGAUAUUUUAAAAUCUGGUGCAAGUAUUAAUUUGAUGUAUGUAUUCUAUUACUAAGUAUAUAUUUAUGUUAUUAAUCGCGUCUUAUAUAUAAUCCUGCUGAGACUUGUAGGUUCAAAAGAAAAACAACAUUUUUGUGUACAAACUAAAAUCUUUAAAGUAUAUAAAAUAAUAAAUUCUUAUAUACAUCAAUUAAGUUAUUUUUGCCACCGUGUAGGCGAACGAUAGCCACAAAGAUAUCGCCAUAUGUUUGUUAUCACGACACGUCACAAAUCGUCAACUACAUUCUAGGUGAAGAAAUUUGAAAAAUGAUUGAAGCCGUUUGCGACUUCAUGAGUAAUGCGAGCCAUACGUUUUCUGAACAUUCACGUUUAGACUAGGGGAAGAUUGGGGGAAAAAUAGUUGGGAAAUACUGUCUAAGAUACUUAAUUCUUACAGAAGUUUGAAUGUAAACGAUCCCGUCACUUGAAUGAUUUGCUAAUUUUUAUUGCAAUGCUGUGCGCAAUUCGCUAUCAGAAAACGUUACAUCGUUAUUAUUUUAUUGGGCUUAUUCGAUUCCACAUUGAUAGUAGAUAGUUUAACAUCAGAUAAUGUAAAUUUAUCUAAACAAUUUAAGACUCAUACAACAUUAUCCUACCCGCGCAAAAAGAUUUAGAUAGAGAAUGUCCUUUUAUAUUAUAAAUAAAGUGAGUAUUUAAGGAGAAAAUAUGAGUUUCAAGUAACAAAAGACUGUCAUUGAAUGCUCGCAAGGUUACUCGUAAUAAUUAGCUAAUUUAGUUUGCGCCCACUUAAUAAAAAUUUCCAUACAAACUCACAAUUUUUCAUUCAGUUGAUAAUCGUUAUCAGCAAAGCAACUUACAUUUGUGCGUGUCUGUCGCUAAACAAACACCUGAGGGCGGUUAAUAUAAUUGUUCGCGGUUUUCACGAGGCAAAUGAUAAUGAAAAUCGAUUCUUUCGAGUCUUUGCACAGAUAUCUUCAAAUAAGAUUCUGCCAUUUAAAGACUUCAAACCUAGCUAACACAGCUUUCGUUUAUUUUUUUAGCAUAGGUACAUAAUUAUCUAAAUAUUACACAUUGAAAUGUUUAUUUAGGCUUUUUGAAGGUUAAAAUUAACUACCGCAGAGAGUAUCUAAAUAUCUUGAGAAAACAAAAUAUGACCUAGACGCGAAACAGCAAAAAUGAUUUUAGAACGAUUACGUUUCAUGGCUAUUCAAAACUUUUCAAACUUUUUUGUAAUGUUUAGUAUUCUACUGAAUAUUACAUAAACAAUUUAUUAUAAAGUUGUUAGCGAAUUAUGUUCAGCGGUGUAAUAACGAAAAUAAGUUUUUCAAUUACAUAAUUACCAAUAAUUCUCAGAACAAUAAAGCCGUGUUAUGAAUAAAAAACGAUCUCAUCCACCAAUUAAAAUCUAAACUAAUAAUCAGACUUGAAGUAUAAUGAUUCGAUGCGACCUGAGGCAUACAUAUAUAAUAUAUAUAUAUCAUAGGACGAUUGCAAUUCACCGAACAAUCAUCAAUAUACUCUAUCCGUGUCUUGGUUCGCUCUAAUGUAAGGCCGUAAUUCUUCUUCGAAUUCAAAUAUAUUUCAUUAAAUCUGUAUAGAAUUAAAGAUAUCCAAACUUUAUAUAAUUAACUGUUAUAUAAAAACCUUGGCAUGUUUCACAAAUUAUAUUAUUCCAAUAAAUGCUUGUAAGAUUUCUCAUCGCAAACUACUUAUAUGUUCAAUAGAGCCUGUAAAUCUAAUCAAACGUUGAUAUAAUAAAUACAUAAUAUAUCUUAUCAAUUUUAGUCGCCCAAGCACUAGCUUGUGGGAUUACUCAAUUAUAAAGUUAAUGGUUAUCAUUUGAUUACAAAGUUGUUACUAGAGCAUUGGAUUCGUUACCUAAAUGUAAUAAAGUAUACAAAACCGAGAACGGUUCAUGGGAAAAAAAAUCAAAUUUUAUCUGUAUCUUAGUUUUUUAUCGUAACAUUACUUUAUUCAAAUACUUAACUACUACAAAUAGUUAAACCAGUCGCAUAGUCUGAUUAAGUAACCCAAUAAUAUUAAACGUCGAUCAAGUUAACCGAACAAUAAUUAUACUUGCAAGCUAAAAUCUCGUGAUAGGUAUUUGCGUAGGUGUUUUAAAACUAGGUACGCGUCAGCGAGUGACGUCAUCGGGUAGAACAAAGGUUUUCGCGAUGGCAAUACCACAUUGCAAUGAAAACUCUCUCCCACGACCGGCGAAUAGUACGUGACGUUCUUUAGUAGUCUGGUAAUGUAGUAGAUGACUUUACCAUAGCUAUCGUUGAACAGCUAAUAGGAGAGAGCUUUGAAUCGAUCAAUGAUCAUUUUGUUGUAAAUUAUUAAAGUUAUGUAUUAGCUAUAAUAAAACGAAAAAGACGAGUCGUUAAGAAACCUAGAAAGAUUGAACUUCACUUAAAGCAAAAAAAAAAAAUAAUUUCAAAUUAAAUAAAUAAAGAUUAUUAAGAAUAUUUUAAGGAAUAUAUUGUCAUUGGUUAGUACAACCGUUCGUUCUAUUGUCCUAGAUUAAAUGUUAUGAAUAGCCUUGAAAACGAGUUUAUAUUUUAUAAAUAUUCAAAUAGUAGAAUAAAACGUUACGAUAUAAAAACCUUAACCUGCAUAUCAUCUUUAUACGUGAUUCAGAUUCAUUCCAAAUACCGAGGCAUCUCUUAAAAAUGGCUAUUCACGUAAAACCACGUAUUGUUGUCAAGGAAGGCAAUUACACAUAAAUGUAGUAUGAAAUAAUGAACACAAGGGAAUCCACUUAAACUAAUAAUAUCAUUUUUCUUUAUAUUAGAACAGAAUUUUGAAAUUACAUAAUUUCAGAGCUUUAUAUUUGAUUCAAUUCGUUUGACUCGAUUGGCACUCCAACACUAGAUUGACGUGUCGCGUAAUUUACCGGCAGCGUUUAAGUAAAUAUAUAUAUUAGCGUUUAGGUAUAUUUUAGUGUAAUUGUGUUUACCAGCGUGAAGUUCAGUUUUCUGGAAAUCUCUUAUUAUUUCUUGUUUUUACAUAAAUUAACGCAGAAAAUCUUGUAGACUGAAAUGGAAGGAAACCUUGAAAGCGUUGACCUCGAAAAGCAAGAGUUGAAGAUAUGGGGUGGUAAAAGCGAGAUAUGACUACUAAAGCGUUAUCAAUGCUUUGUAAAAUGGCAGUGUAGGCGUCUAGCCGACUUAUGUAGGCGUCUUUUAUACUUGCCAGGGACCGUAAUAUUCCCCUUUUAACUAUUUGUAUAUUCUAGCUGAAAAUUAUUUACUGAAUCCAUAAUACGUAUUCAAAAUUAUAAAUGUUGCCCAUAUCUAGAAGCGUAAUUUAUAAAUAUUUUAGAUGUUCUGCUGUUUUCUUUAGUUAUUGUGUGUGCUCGGAACUAAGAGAUAAUUUAAGUUGUACCAUCGCUAAUAAGUAAUUAAGUAAACUUUAGGCCCUAUACAAGAAUUACAUGUUGUACGGUCAUGUUGCUGACGAAUUUAUUUAUUUAGUACAUUUUAGUAGUGGCAAUUUCUAGAUGGUUUUGAAUGUCAUUGGUUCUUUGGUUAUAAAUAGGUUUAUUUUUUUAUGAUAUGUCAAGAAACUUUAAUAUGCUGCACAGGCCAAAGCUCAUGCUCAUAUUUCUAAUAAUUGUUCUAUCGCCAAACUAAAUUAUAUCUAGUAGAAGUCUAAAGGCGAUUUAGUGAUUUGAAUAGUGAUCUUAUUUUUACUUUCAAAAUAAUAUGUAUAUUUAUAUAAUACCGGUCCUACGCGACUCGAAGUGUUAUCAGACGCCUAACGUUGAGGCCUUUUGGUACAAACCUUAUUUUCCAUUUAAAUAAGAUUUACGUGUUGUAGACACGGCUAAUUGAAUAUCUAUUUUUCGCACUAUUUAAGUUUAAAACUUAUUAAAUAAAUCUUUUACUACUUGAAUAAGGCUGUAAAUAUACGAGUGUACAGUACUAAUUAACCUAGAUUGUUCCCUUUAGAGGGUAAGUGUUGAAAUGUUCACAUUUUAUUUGUGUUGAAAGGACUCUAACGUGGGUGACCUAGGUUAAAUAAUAAUUAUUAAGUAAUGUUAAAAAUGUAGGUGCCUAAGCUAGUAUUGUAUUAUAGUGAGACUACGUAGAAACUUCCAGGAAUCAUUGAUGGCACGUAACAAUACUUCAAAGUAGGACGUUCGCCUGAACAUUUGGUUCACACGAAUCCCUAGUUACCCAUUUAUGAAAAUAUACUGCGUCCUUAUUGUUCCGAUGUGCAUUCAUAGAAUUGUUAAUUGCUGCUUGCCAUCAAUGAAUUGGAGCUAAAAUAUGCUGUAUUUUUGUUAAAAUUGUACCUAACAUAUCUUGCUAAGCACCGGCUAGUUAGGCAUCACGAGAUCUCUGCUAGUGCUUUUCUUUUUGUAAAAUAGUCCAAUUUAGUAUUUAUAGUGAUAACAUAUAAAGUAUUAAUGUAGAAUAAUUCGUAAGUGGACCGUGCGCUGCGGCGUCAAUUAAUGUUCAUUGAAGCACAAAUAAAUGGUUUUGUCAACUGGUCUAACGAUAUUCAGCUUAAUUGAAUGCAUCUUUCUGGGACCAUGCUUAAAUCUUACUUUAUGCAAGAAAACCUUAGUACUUUUAAUAUGUAAGUACCUAUGUUCCUACGAUCAUUUAAAUCUGUAUGUUUCUAUUAGAUUUUUUAUAAUUAUUGAGGUCUUUAGCUAAAAAAAUACAUUGUAUACAUACAGUUUUAUUUUAUGACAAAAAGAACAUAUUUUGUAUUUAGAAGAACCGUUUUAUAUUCAUGCCAUUAUAAAUAUACAUUAAUUAAACGUCAUAAGCUAAGCUCAUAACUCGAAGUCGGCACGUAAAUACUCUGAGGAAGGUUUUUAUGGAGAGAAAAGUUCCAAGGAAAAACCUAAAAACUUGUUCACAAAACAUUAUAAUGAAUAUAUAUUUAAUUUAGGAUAAUGUUAAUAAAUGUUUGCAAUGUAUGAAAUAAAACUAAAGUUGGAAGUACAUAUAUAAUAAAACGUAAAACCUACCAGAUAUUCGAAAAAAAAAUUAGCACUUAGAUUUUUAUUCCUGAAAAGUCAAGUCUGUAUGGGGUGGUAUACCAAAAUGUUACGUAUGUAAAAAAAUCUAUAGUUUCAAAUAAUAGGUAAUAUUCAGAACACUUCCAAAGAUAGCGCAUGUCAUAAUGCAGAAAAAGAAAUAUCGAUUCGCGCCAGUUGACGACACCAUAGAUGAUGAUCAAUAUUUUAUAUAGUCUUUUUGCAAUUUCACACUUCACAUUGUAAUCUGUAUCGGUAUUUGCAUUGAGUGAGAUAUUUAUUUUUUUGUAAUAGCAAAGCGAAAAUUUUACAUUUUACUAAAAAUGAGUACAAGCGUAUUUCCGUAUAAAUGUGAUAUAAUUUAAAGGGACUCUUUAACUGUGGCUCAACAAACAAUUAUCUAAUAUAAAUAACCUUUUAAUAAUUGUUGAGUUAAUGAUUCCAUAGUUAAAUAUUUUAACUAAGUCUUGAGUUUAUUUAUGUUAUAUAUUAAGAAAAGUUGGAUUUUUUAAAUUGAAAUAUUUAAAUUGCUGUAAUAAUGGUUUUUCUAAAUGUAAAAAUAUGUACCCAUCCAUGAUAAUAAACAUGUGUUUACUGUAAUUAUAAAUAAGAUUAUGCAGCUAUUUAAAUAUUUAUUUCAUAAUGUUUUCGUGUGACACCAUAUCCAUAAUGCUUCUAUGUUGAGAAUUAAUAAAUCUGAAUGUAGUCA